AUGUAUGGUGGUUCACCACGACAUCAUAAUUUUGAAACACCGUAUGCUUAUCGUGCGCUCUAUCGACAACGAUUAUUACAACGACCACAUUCAGUUGGUCCAUCGUCUCUCCCUGAAACACCGCGUGUCGAACCUCGAGAUCUUAGUUAUACCCGACGUCCAGCACACGAUGCAGAAGUUGGUAUAUGGCAUGAGCCUGACUCUAAACCAGUAUUUACAUUCAUGCUUCGACCACGUCUUAUUCAAGAAGGCAUUGGUUGUAAAUUGAUUUGCUGCGUUAAUGGUAAACCUCAACCAAAGGUACAAUGGUUUAAAGAUCGUAAUCAAUUGAGUGAAAACGAUAGCCAUUAUAUGACAUCAUGUGUUCAUGGUGUUUGUACCUUAGAGAUUACAACAUGUGAAACAGGAGAUACUGGAAUGUUUCGUUGCAGUGCUACAAAUCCCUUAGGUACUGAUGAAACAUCCUGUUUAGUACAUGUUGAAGAAAUGCGUCGAACACGACGUGCUCAUUCAGCUCGACCAGGCGAAGAAGAUACAUCACAUGGUGGAAGUCGACCACAUUCACCAUCACCUAUUCGUGCAUCAGGUAGAGAUGCAAGUUGGCGUAAUAAAUUAGGUGCUGCUGAUAAACCUGCACGUGAUACACUUGAUGUCGAAAAACCAAAACGUAAGGAACGUCGUGACCCACCAAAAUUUACUGAUCAACUUGUUGAUGCUACUGUUUUCGAAGGUGCUACAGCUAAAUUGCGCUGUGAAGUUAAAGGCAAACCAACACCUAAGGUUGAAUGGUUGAAGAAUGGCGAGUCUGUAGCAAUUGAAUCUCGUGUUCAACAAACAUAUGAUGAUAAUGUAGCUAUAUUAGUCAUCAAAAAAGUUAAAUUAGAUGAUAAUGGAGAAUAUAUUUGUCGAGCUACUAAUGAAGAAGGCUCGGAUACAUCAAGUGCACAGCUUACGGUCAAAGCUCAUGUUAUCGGUGAAAAUGAAGCAGAAUACACUGCAUCAUUAGCUCAAGAAGAUGAAGCAGCUGUUCAAGCAGCACCACAAGCAGCAAGUGAAGAAGCUCUUACUGCUGCUGCUCCUGCUGCUGAGCCAACUGAAGGUGCUGCUAGUGAAACAGAAGCUAAACUUGAAGAAAAACUUCCAUCAGAAGUUGUUGCUGAAGCUGCAGCAGAUGCCAGUGCUCCAACAGAACCGGCACCAGCCGAAGCACCAGUUAGUGCUGAACCUGCUCCUGCUCCAGCAGCAGAACCAGCUCCACCUGCUGAGCCAGCACCACCAGCUGAGCCAGCACCAGCGCCAGUGCCAGAACCUGCACCUGAACCUGCUAAACCAGCUGCUGGUAAAACGGCACCUGGUAAAAAACCAGCAACACCAGCUGCACCGGAAAAGAAACCAGUUGGAGCUGCUGCUUUGAAAAAACCUGAACCAGCUAAGAAACCUGAAGAAAAGAAAGAAGCUGCUGCACCAGCUGGCAAGAAACCUGCUGAUGAUAAAACAAAAAAACCAGCUGUAGAUGAAAAGAAAAAGACAGAAGAAGCUAAACCAAAAGCUGCUGAAGAAGCACCACCUGCUGAACCUGAAAAGAAGAAAGAAGAAGCUGAACCAAAGAAAAAAGAUGAAGAAGAACAAAAAGAAAAACCAGCUGAAGUCAAACCAAAAUUUGUUAAACAUAUUAAAUCUCAAAAUUUAAUGGAAGGUGAUCCAUUAACACUUGAUUGUGUUAUUUUAGGCGGUAAUGAAGAAAUUGAGUUAACAUGGUUACGAAAUAAUAAAGAAAUUCCUGAAAAUCCGGAUUUUCGACGUGAACAUGAUGGAAAUUCAUUUAAAUUAGUCGUUGCUGAAGUAUUUCCUGAAGAUUCAGGUGUCUUUUCAGCUUUAAUAAAAAGUCAAACAAUUGUUAAUCCACGUUUUUCAUCUUGCUCAGUCAUUAUUCAAGCUCGUGAUGAAGAACCACUUGAUCCAUGCUUUGGUCAAUUUCCACAAAGUAUUAGUGUAGAAGAAGGUCGUAAAGCGAAAUUUUCAUGCACACUCAAAGGUUCAACACCAAUGACUGCUGAUUGGAAUAUGAAUGGUAAACCACUUGAUCGUAAAUCAAGUCGAUUUGUAUUUACAAAUGCUGAAAAGGAAUUUUCAUUUGAAAUUCCUGUUGUUUUAGCAACUGAUGAAGGUCAAUAUCAUGUUACUAUUGCGAAUGACAAAGGAGAAAUAACUGCUGCAUUCAGCGUACAUGUUGAUCAAUCGUGA